AUGAGACACGGAAUUCAAUCAAACGUGGUUAAGAUGCAACGUUCUUGCCUUCUCCUGACGUUCUUGUUGUACGUCAACUACGCUGCAUGGUUAGGCGCUGUUUGUGUCGGUUCGCGGUUGUUUCACAGUGAUCAGGCAAGAAACUGGGUUGUUCUGGUCGCUGGAUCCAAUGGUUGGGAGAACUACCGACACCAAGCGAAUGUAUAUCGCGCGUAUCAAAUCAUGAAGCGCAACAACAUUUCGACAGAGCAAAUAAUUACCUUCGCCUACGAUGAUAUUGC